ACCAAAAACAAUGGACUUACUUUUGUUUUAUGCCUAAUAUGAAAUUCCUGUUUUACUUUAACCUGGAAUGAAGCAUUAUUGAUGUAGAAAAGGCUCUUGAUUCUCGGACAUUCUGUGACCAAUAAAACCAUGUAACCACAAUAAAUAGCCCCUGGUUUCACCAUCACAGGAGAUCUCUGUUGGACUAUCAUUACCAUAUAAAUGUUCCUUCUUUCGUGAUCUUUACAUACAAACAUUCAAAACCCACAGUUUCAUUCAUCAAGCAAGAAGCUUUGAUACUCUUUUUACUCCUGUUUACGAUCUUUGCAAUUCAGUUAUGGACACAAUGAUUGGAUCACUUAACACUUGCAAGCCUUCGUGUAACGACUUAGCUCGUCCCGCAAAUGGGGCUGUUUCAACCCUUCAAAGCUCUGAUUCAUUCACUCCAAUCGUCAAUCUGUCCGCAUUAACUCUCGGUAGUCACCUUGCUCGCCGGCUCAUUGAAGUUGGUGUCACCGACUUGUUCUCUGUUCCCGGUGACUUUAACUUGACUCUUCUUGAUUAUUUGAUAGCUGAGCCCGGGCUUAACGUGAUCGGCUGCUGUAACGAACUGAAUGCUGGAUAUGCUGCUGAUGGCUACGCGCGGUCUCGUGGUGUCAGUGCCUGCGUGGUUACUUUCCACGUCGGUGGUCUUAGCGCGAUCAAUGCCAUUGCUGGAGCUUACAGUGAAAAUUUGCCGGUUAUUUGCAUAGUUGGAGGGCCAAACUCAAAUGAUUAUGGAACCAACAGGAUCCUUCAUCACACUAUUGGAUUGCCUGAUUUUAGCCAAGAACUAAGAUGUUUCCAGACUGUAACUUGCUAUCAGGCUGUGGUGAAUCACUUGGAAGAUGCACAUGAAUUAAUAGACACCGCGAUAUCGACUGCUUUGAAAGAAAGCAAGCCUGUUUAUAUCAGCAUCUCUUGUAACUUGGCUGGUCUUUCUCAUCCUACUUUCAGACGUGAGCAAGUUCCAUUUGCUCUUUCUCCUAAAUUGAGUAACAAGAUGGGGUUGGAGGCUGCAGUUGAUGCAGCAGCAGAGUUCUUGAACAAGGCAGUGAAACCAGUGUUGGUUGGUGGACCUAAGCUGAGAGUUGCCAAUGCAUGUGAUGCUUUUGUUGAGCUUGCCGAUGCUUGUGGUUAUGCCUUUGCGGUGAUGCCUGCAGCGAAAGGGCUAGUGCCAGAGAAUCAUCCCCAUUUUAUUGGAACUUACUGGGGUUCAGUUAGCACUGCCUUUUGUGCUGAAAUUGUGGAAUCUGCAGAUGCUUAUUUGUUUGCUGGACCUAUAUUUAAUGACUUUGUCUCUGUUGGAUACUCUCUGCUUCUGAAGAAAGAGAAGGCCAUUAUAGUCCAGCCUGAUCGUGUUGUUAUUGCGAAUGGGCCUGCAUAUGGGUGUGUUUUGAUGAAGGAUUUCCUGAAAGCUCUUUCAAAGCGUAUCCGGUGCAACACUAAUUCUUAUGACAACUACCACAGGAUUUAUGUUCCUCAAGGGAUUCUUCUGAAGUCUGAACCUCAAGAGCCAUUGAGAGCGAAUGUUCUAUUCCAACAUAUACAGAAGAUGCUGUCUGGUGAAAGUGCUGUGAUUGCUGAAACAGGGGACUCUUGGUUUAACUGCCAGAAACUUAAACUGCCUAAUGGAUGCGGGUAUGAGUUCCAAAUGCAAUAUGGAUCAAUUGGUUGGUCAGUUGGUGCAACUCUUGGGUAUACACAGGGUGUGCCGGAGAAACGUGUAAUUGCCUGCAUUGGUGAUGGCAGCUUCCAGGUCACUGGACAAGAAGUAUCAACAAUGCUGCGAUGCGGGCAGAAGACCAUCAUCUUCCUGAUUAACAAUGGUGGCUAUACCAUUGAAGCUGAGAUCCAUGACGGACCUUAUAAUGUAAUCAAGAACUGGGAUUACACUGGGCUGAUUGAUGCAAUACACAACGGCGAGGGCAAGUGCUGGACAAAAAAGGUGCGCUGUGAGGAGGAGCUGAUCGAGGCAAUAGAGGAGGCAACUGGACCACACAAGGAUUGCCUGUGCUUCAUUGAGACAAUUGUUCACAAGGAUGAUACCAGCAAAGAGUUGUUGGAAUGGGGUUCCAGGGUCGCAGCCGCCAAUGGCCGUCCACCAAAUCCUCAGUAGAAUUAGUUGACGGCUACCUCAAGUGGAGUUUUGGGAUUUGAACUCUUUGCUUUAUUUGCCAUUAUAUUUCUUUUUAAUCAAGUCAAUGUAGUCAGUCCUUUUCUUCAUUUCUCUGGUCUUAUUCUGCAAAAUCAAUAAAUCUAUGGACUGAUAGCAACAAAUGGGACAUUAAUGAAAGAUGCUGGUUAUUUUCUUUA